CUUUUUUAUGCAAGUUUGUGAUUUCUGAAGUAGUGGAUCCUACCAUGUUUCAAACUCGCAGAGCAUAUUGAAGGUGGUACAAAUCAUUGCAGAGUGAAUUACAAGUAGCUAUAUGUGGAUUGGAAUUUAUUGAAACUUUGCAUAUUCAAAAUUUUAAGUCGAAUGAGACGUGCAUUGCACAUGCAUGCUUACUAGUAUUACAAAGCGGAGGGAAUACUAAUUAAGGUAAUUGUAUAUUGUAGCAACGUCUAAGUCACGUGUUUGCAUACUUAUGGCCAGUGAAUGAUGUGGGCAUUUUUUUAUUGUCUUGCCACCGUACAUGAUCGAGUUACAUCGGGGAAUCGAUCCGUGUGAUCCGCAUAGUGUUGUACUCUACAGGGUCAAUCUACCUUGUCAUUUAGUGUGUGCAGCAGUCUUUGUACAUUACAUGAUAUAAUCGGGACAAAAAAAAUUGCAAUCUUUACGGUGGUGGCGAUUCUCGAUGAAUAUUAUCAUUUUAUUUGUGAACUUGGUGUAUCACUGAUUGCAAAUCUAGAUUAAUACCGGACUGAACUUGGUGUAUCACUUAUUUGUAAACAAAAAUAGUUUGAACAUUGUAAUAAGAAGGCAAAUAUAGAUGCUCAUGAGCUUGAUGACUAGAUUUUCCUUGACGUUGGAUUGGUUUGAGGAAUCUCUGACUGAAAUUGUGCGUUUCUCAUAAACGAUGUAACCGUUAUUUUCAAUGAACAAAGUUUUAGGUGUUUUGUGAAAAAUAAUAGAUCGGGAUAUUUUUGAAAAAAACAUAGCAUGAUAUUUUAACCUUAGAUUUGUCUUAUCCAUUUGUUGUGAGAUUAGUGCGAGCAGACCCUUUGCUCGAGCCUUUUCCGGAGAGACCUACCUCGAGGUAUCUCAGAAAUCAACGGCUCAAAAUAAACCCCGGAAACCGAAUCCCUGCGCCCACACAGACACUGUGACGGAACUCCUCCAGAUAGGAAGAUAAUGGUGGGCCGGAAGCCGAUGCGCCGGCGCCGCGCCGACCACCCGCCUCCGCCGCCGCCACAGUCCUUCGGUGCCACGGCCCGGCCGACCUCCCCCCGCUCCUCCACCUCCGCCUCCGCCGUCGCCGACCUGGACGAGCUGCUCCACACGCCGUCCGCGUCGGAGCCCCGGAGCUUCCCGCACGCGGUGAAGCAGCAGUGCUGGGAGAAGGCCGAGAAGGUGCCUGGGCGCGACCCGGAGAGGUGGCGCCGCGACGCGCUCGGCAACAUCGUCUUCCGCAAGCUCGUCGGCUGCCCCGGCUGCCUCUGCCACGACUACGACCACAUCGUGCCCUACUCCAAGGGCGGGAAGAGCACAUUGGAGAACUGCCAGGUUUUGCAGGCUACUGUGAAUCGAUCUAAAGGGAACAAUACUGAGAUAUCCAAAUCUGAACUAGCACAGAGAAGCGCAUAUUGUCGGGUUUCAGGACGUGAUAUGGAUCUUUUUGAACUCUCUGCCUUUGGGAAUGUUCGACGAGGGCCAGAUUCAGGGGGCUGCAAAAUCCAAUGAAGAAAUGAACAUAUCUGAUGUGAUGUUAACCAGCUUUGAGCAGUUGCCUCGAAUCUGUGAAGAGAAAGCUUGGUUGAUGGUUGUGUCAAAUAUUAUCAGUUAUAUGUCUGUAAUUUGACACUUUGAGUGAAUUAUCCAAGGAAAAAGGAUCUGCUAUUUUGCAGCCCAAUAUAUGUUGUGUUCAGUACGAAGUA